UAUAACAUAUUAAUCCUAAUAUGUUCAAAGUCUGAUCCCCGUGCGUCACUUUUUUUAAAUAAUUUUCAUUGCUCAUUCGUCAUUCGCGAGAUUAACGUUCAUAAAAUGUUGGUAGUGUGUAAUGCUCCUAAUAUCAUGAUAUAACAUGGCCUUGGCUACGCUAUUCACGAAGCGUGCCUCGACGCGUUAGGUUAUAUCGCAAUUCUAAAUAAACGUGUUGCAAUAUACGUUUUGAAAGACAUAAAGUAAUUUUUAUUUUUUAUUGUGAUGGUGAUCAGUGACAAAAAAUUAUUUACAUGCAACAUGCGGCCGUGUUAAAAACAUUAUACCCAGUGGCAAAAGGAUACAUUUAAAUACCUAAUUUAUUACCAGGACAUAAGGUGCACUUUAGCUGUGGAGAUACACCGGAAAAUACUAUGACGAAGCAUCUAUCAUUCCGCGCCUUUUUCAAUUUUAGUUCCCUUAAUACACUACAAAGAAAGUCGCCAAUUUACACAAAUGUUUUAUUUAAUCAAUUACACUCAAACAAGGUUCCAGUGAAAGAAAUUCAAAUUCCAACGCAAUGGGGUAACCUGGCCGCUAAAUUGUGGGGCGAAAGUGAUACUAGACCAAUUUUAGCUCUCCACGGUUGGCAAGAUAACGCUGGGACAUGGGAUCCUUUAGCACCGAUGUUAGUUAAAAACCGUUCUAUUUUAGCUCUUGACUUCCCAGGUCAUGGAUUGUCGAGUUGGAUUCCUGCAGGUAUGCAGUACUACUCCUGGGAAUUCCCUCGGCUGAUAUUGUACUUGAAGGAAUAUUUCAAAUGGGACAAAGUAUCGUUACUAUGCCAUUCAAUGGGCUCAAUAGCUGGUAUGCGUUUCGCAUGCGUUUUCCCCGACGACGUCGUUUAUGUAGCAGUAGACAGCAUAAUAUACGACGACUACGAUUUGAAUUUGGUAGUAGACAAAUAUCCAACUCUACUAAAUAAGGGACUCGUUGCUCAAAGCCGAUUAAGUGAAGAACCACCAUCAUACACUCAGGAGGAAAUAGCCAAAAGGUGGCAUUAUGGAACACAAAAGUCCGUCGAUAUCGCCAGUGUGAAAUAUCUUGCAGAGCGUGGUACCAAGCCGUCAAAAAAGGACCCCAGCAAGUAUUAUAUAAGUCGCGAUUCUAGGUUAAAAUACACUUUGUUUAACCCGGAAGACAAAAAAUUCGUAGAAGCAUUUGUGAAGCGACUUAAAGCCCCGACCCUGUACCUGAAGGCGAUAGAUUCACCUUUCCAAUCAGACCCCUUUUCUGUAGAAAUGCGUGAAGUUAUUGAGAAGAAUAACGAAAAAUUCGAAUGUCACUUUGUACCUGGCACACAUCACGUCCAUUUAAAUAAUCCUGAACGAGUGGCUCCGAUCAUUUUAAACUUCCUACAGAAGUAUAAUAUACUCAUUUAAAUUAAAAACGUAGGUACUUAUUUAUAUUAUUUUUAAAAAUAACUUUGUUAUUUUAUUAUAUUAAUUUAUUCAAGUAUUAUGUAUGCAUAUAGAAAUAGAACAAUAAUUUUUACUCUUAGAUUGUAAUUUGGCACUACAAUUCUAGCUGUUUAUAUACAUAAUUAAAUAAAAAGCCAUAUUGUUCAUAAGCUUUGGACAUUAUCUUAAUAAUUAGAAAAAUAAAAACGAGAGAAUACAUGCCUCCACAUCUCCUCCACAACGAUUUUGGUGGGAUACAAAAACUUCAUUAAAAUAGAUUGAGCAGAAUAAAAAUAAUUGGUUAUUAUAUAUAAUAACUGACACUCGUGCAUUUAUAAUUUUAAUGGAUAACCAAACUUUUUAUGAGAACAUGCGAAACUCGUCCUUAAUGUUUGUUUUGUUAAUAAACUCAAAUUAAAACUUUUGUAACAAAAAGCGUAAACUGGAGUGUUUGGAAGAUUAAGUACAUGAUUUUCAGGCAAAAUGUUUUUAACAGCUACAUUCAUUCACAAAGCUGUUAUUUGAAUUAUAGAUAAAUAAAUAAUAUACUGAUUUUUGUAUAAUAGUCAAAUAAGUGUUUGUAGUCUACCUAUUUAUUCUGUAAUCUGUGUACUUCAGUCGGACUUUCAAUAUACAAGUGUUUAGUUCCACAUAAGUGGAAAACAAAUGUACAUCCAUAAUAUUAAUGGUUAUAAAUUCAUUAAUAAUAUUUUAACAAAAAAUAAAUGAUGAGCUCUG